AGACCUGUGAAUUUCUGCAGCUGGGAACUGGCCCUUGUGCAAAUCCUGUGGGAAGAGGUUGGAAGGGAUAAGGUGUCUGUCCCCAUCAGUGUUAAUGAAGAAGAAAACUGGCAGAGCGAGCACUUCCUCUGGGAGUAAAGCUACGGAUGUGGUGACCUGGGACACACAUGGUGUUACUUCCUCAGCAUUCAUGAGCUACAUUGUCAUUCAUUUAAGUCUGGGUUGCGUUGCUUGAACCUAAAUGCAGUGCAGGGAAUAUUUAAGUAACGGCACAGCUAACAAGAUGAAUGGAGCUUUGGAUCAUUCAGACCAACCAGACCCAGAUGCCAUUAAGAUGUUUGUCGGACAGAUUCCCCGUUCGUGGUCAGAAAAAGAGUUAAAAGAACUUUUUGAGCCUUAUGGAGCUGUCUACCAGAUUAAUGUUCUCCGAGACAGAAGUCAGAACCCUCCCCAAAGUAAAGGUUGUUGUUUCGUAACAUUUUAUACAAGAAAAGCUGCUCUUGAGGCACAGAAUGCACUGCACAAUAUUAAAACUUUACCUGGGAUGCAUCAUCCUAUUCAGAUGAAACCUGCAGAUAGUGAAAAGUCAAAUGCUGUGGAAGACAGAAAAUUGUUCAUAGGAAUGGUUUCGAAGAAGUGUAAUGAGAAUGAUAUCAGGGUGAUGUUUUCUCCGUUCGGCCAGAUAGAAGAAUGCCGAAUCCUUCGGGGACCAGAUGGGCUGAGCCGAGGCUGUGCGUUUGUCACAUUUUCUACAAGGGCAAUGGCACAGAAUGCAAUCAAAGCCAUGCACCAGUCUCAGACCAUGGAGGGCUGCUCUUCGCCAAUCGUGGUGAAGUUUGCUGACACACAAAAGGACAAGGAGCAGCGGCGUUUGCAGCAGCAGUUGGCUCAGCAGAUGCAACAGCUCAAUACUGCCACUUGGGGAAACCUCACAGGUCUUGGAGGACUCACACCACAAUAUCUAGCUCUUCUGCAGCAAGCAACUUCCUCCAGUAACUUGGGUGCCUUCAGCGGCAUUCAGCAAAUGGCCGGCAUGAACGCUUUACAAUUACAGAAUUUGGCAACUUUAGCAGCCGCAGCAGCCGCCGCCCAGACCUCAGCUACCACCACCAAUGCAAACCCUCUGUCCACAACGACUGGUGCUCUGGGAGCCCUCACAAGUCCCGUGGCUGCAUCAACUGCUAAUUCCACAGCUGGUGCGGCCAUGAAUUCUUUGACUUCUCUGGGUACUCUCCAAGGACUGGCUGGAGCCACUGUUGGACUGAAUAAUAUUAAUGCACUAGCAGUUGCUCAAAUGCUCUCAGGUAUGGCGGCCCUGAACGGAGGACUCGGCGCAACAGGCCUGACGAACGGCACGGCCGGCACGAUGGACGCGCUCACCCAGGCCUACUCAGGAAUCCAGCAGUACGCGGCCGCCGCGCUGCCCACCCUCUACAGCCAGAGCCUGCUGCAGCAGCAGAGCGCCGCGGGCAGCCAGAAGGAAGGUCCAGAAGGRGCAAACCUCUUUAUUUACCACCUCCCCCAGGAGUUUGGAGACCAGGACAUUCUGCAGAUGUUCAUGCCUUUUGGAAAUGUUAUCUCUGCUAAAGUCUUCAUUGACAAACAGACCAAUUUGAGCAAGUGCUUUGGUUUUGUUAGCUAUGACAAUCCAGUCUCUGCACAAGCUGCUAUCCAGGCUAUGAACGGCUUUCAGAUUGGCAUGAAACGCUUGAAGGUUCAGCUGAAACGCUCCAAAAAUGACAGCAAACCUUACUGAUCUUAACCCCAGAUGCUUACUGCUCUUAUUUUAGCUUUCUUAGGACAUCUCCAUGCCCGUUAGCCCAUCGUUUGCCUAGCAUGUCCCUGUGGCGUCUCAAAAAAAAAAAAGUUUCAUCGUCCCGUCAUUGUUUCUGAUGUCUUUCUGACCUCACAUCAUAUUUGGUUCUCCUACUGACCUAGUUUGACCUUUGAAAUUUGCAUGUGACCUCAUCUAGCUAUGAAUUCUGGGAAGUCAAUGUGAAAAAACAUUGCUGCAUUCAUGCAAGACUGAAAUUUAUUAUUAGAUAAAUUAAUGAUAGGAUUUAAAAACAACCUGUGGCAAAAUGUUUUUUCUU